CUUCUGUUAUAUGACCUGUAGGGGAGUACAACAGGCUCAAAUAACUUCCAUGAAUAUUUUACACCACUACAUUACCAUGUUUUAACUUUCACUUACCAUCAAAUAUUCAGUGGCUGAAAGGAAAACUCUCCUUAUGCAUGUUUGUUACUUACCCGCAUUUGGCAAAUCAAGCUAGUUGGUGCGAUAGAGAAAUGGCCUUCUGCCUCUUCAUUUUCUCUAUUUUUUCAAGCUUGCCUUGUGGCAAUGGGAAACUACAACUUCAAAAUGAUGACUGUCAAAGUGGACUUUAUUGCAACGAAAGAGAAGAGAAUAUGCCAAUUUGUCCAGCAGGUAUUUGUAGAUAACUUAGCAGAGAUUAUUAGCUUCUUUAGAAUGCUUCUCAGUCAUAUACUGCUCAAUAAAAAUGCAGUCAGACUUUUAUUUUGUUGAAUGCUACAGGAGAUCUUAGAUAAUAACUUGGCUUGCUGAAAUUCCUAUUAUAAAAGGUAAGUAAGCUUAAACAACAAGAACAGAGCAUGCAGUGUAAUGAGAUUUACACAUCAGAAGACUUCCUUUCUGUGCUGCAUAGUAAAACAAUAAUGAAAUGGACGAAUGUUUUUGUCGAAGCAGGAUUCAUUUAACUGAUUUAAGUGGUUUAUGAUGACAUAAAUAAGCUACAAUAUUUAAACUAGAAAGAUGCAAACAAUACAGCUGCAUUAUAGAAGAAAAUUUGAUGAGCAUUUCUGUUGUUGUUCAAAGGCUUUUUCUGCCCUGAAGGAAGCAUUACACCAGUUCCAUGUCCGCCUGGAACUUUUCGUUCAGAAAGAGCAGCACUGGUAUCGCACAGCUGCUUGCCAUGCCCAGUGGAUUUCUUCAAUCCCAUGCCCGGCCAAAAUACAUGUCUUCCAUGUGGCUCAGAGGCAAUGCAGCCUGCAGAAGGGCAAGAGACAUGCAUCUGUCUUGGGAAAGGCCAGGUGUUUCAGCCCCGCGAUGCUCACUGCACAUGCCCUCCAGGUUAUUGGAGGUCCUUAAAUGAUGGAAGACACUGUGUCAGACAAGCUUAUGAUAUUUGUCGAGAUUCAGCUUCGCGAAAUCAGGAAGGACAGUGUUUAACCAAGGAAGGAUGGGUUCAUUAUUGCUCAGAGAAGGUUUGCACUGUCCCCAGAGAUUAUCAAGGAUAUGAUAAGGUUCUUGGCCUCUGCAUUUGUCAAACUGACAGUCUGGAGAGUGUGUGUAACUCUCAGUGCAGAAGACAACAAAGAGAUAUUCUGCAGGUCGCCUGUACAGACAAAAAUGCUCAGCUUUUUGUCACUUAUAGAAAUGGGAGCAAGAUUGCUGUUUUCUUAGAAGAAUUAAGAAGAGUUCUACUGAGACCAUAUUUCUCUUUAAAAGACACCUGCACUUCAGAACAAAGCAAAUAUACCCAUCCAGCAUUCAUUGUGAAAAUGAGUGGAAAAGGAUUUUUAGGGGUGUAUGAUCCUGACCCACAACUAUUCCACAACUUCAUGCUAAAUGAGGCUUCAUCACAUAACAAGGAUCGGCCUUCUUCAGCAAUAGAUUCAGUUAUGUCUCGCCAUGAAGAACAUUCCUGGGUACAAAGCCUGAAACCCUCAAACUCCACAUCAAAAAUCAUAUUUACUGGCAUCUUAAAUCCCAUCACAUGCAUUAAUGUUAAUGUUACUAUCAUAUUCAUUGUCUCCAAGGAGCAUUACCCUGUUUAUGAUGUAAACAACCUGUACAACACGAAUGCUGAAUUUGACUGGGGAGACCUUCGAAGCCUCAGAGAGGAAGUUAGAGAAGCCCAACAAUUCCUCUUCUUCCUUUUCCAGUUCCAGCAUCCUGGUACCUAUGUGCUACAGCUGAGUAGCAAUCGGCACAAAAAAAUGUACAUUAGGGUCAUGCCGCUUGGAGGACAGUGCUAUGAAGAGGGGCCAUUCUUCCCUACAACACCCAGAUAUGCUGUACAGGUGGGCAUUGCAAAAAACCAAGACCUCCUACUGAAACCUGACUGGACAGCAGUUACUGCAGUGAUCACAGGACUUCUCGUACUGCUUAUUGCCUCUGUGGUAUUGACACUUCUUUGUCAGGGACUUAGCUGGCCACAGAAAGGCACUACCCGCCCUCCAUAUCGAAGGCAGCAGCUGAAGUAUAAUCUGGACAGCUAUUCCUCCAAUGUAUCAACAGUCUUUUCCAUUAAAAAAUGUCACCCCUUGCUGCAGAACAAAGGUAGUAUGGAUGAUGACUCUCGCAGCACUGAUGGAACAGCUGGCUUCCUGAAGAGGGGUGAUGUUUGGGAGUCUGAAGAACAGAUAGACCUUGAGUCAUUUAAUACCGAUGUUUUCUUUGAGCUUUUGCUGAGACAAUCACUAUCUGUCACAACCAAACUGGGCCAUUUCAAAGAUGAGGUAAAAACUAUCUAUCGCAAGCUCACAAGUGAAAUAUCUUCACUGAAAAACCUUUGGAUAAAGACACUGAGUACCCCAGAAGUGAUGGAAGUUUAUGAGAGCACAAUGACAGAAGCCUACUUAAAAGCAAAACAGCAGGCAGAAGAAGAGAUGCAGCAAAGGAAGCGGUUGGCUGCUGAAUACGAGGAAAAUGUAAAUCAACAGAUACACUUAUUACAGCAUGAUCUGAAAGGUCAGGAAGAGCAUUGCAUCAUGUUCAAUUCUGCCUUGCGAGAGGUGGUGAGACUGGCAGAGAUGCUGACAAAUAAGGUGGCUUGUAAAGGAAACCAAACAACAAGGUCUCAGCCAGACUAUUCAAGCCUAUUAACCCAGAUAGAGGUUGCAAGCAGCAAGAUGUCAAGCAUAAUAACAAAAGAGAGUCACCGCCUCAAAGCAUGGGGCGUGCUGGGUGAUGGAAUGGGAGCCCACCUUCUUAACAAAUCUAAAACCAGGAUACUUACCAAGCAGGAGCUAGUGGGCUCAAAUGGCACUGCUGGAGCACCUGAUGUUGUUUGCAUGGAUCCCAUCACUGGACUGUUAAAUCCCUACCCACACUGCACCAUGCUGCUGACUGGGCAGUGCCCUGGGCCAGUACCUAGUGAUUGUUUUCUGCAUCCUGAGACUGGAAAGGUACUUUAUGUAGCUGGCAACAUUGGUUAUGAUCCCAUCAUAUCCAGGCUGGUCUGUGUUGUUGAUUCUGCUUCAGGUAAGCGUCAGAAGGCUGAAGUGCCCAUAUUCCCUUACAUUCCUUACCCGGUUUGUCCCAACACUGGCCUACCUGUGAAGACAAAACUUCCAGUCCUGUGUUCUGAAAAUCUGUUUGCUAUGGGAGGACUGAUGUUAGAUCCAGUGACGGAAAUAGAAGUUCCAGUGCUUGGAGUUACGAUUCAUCCUCACACUGGGCAAAAGCUGGCUGUUGGUGGGACGUACCUUAACCCCCUCACUGGCAUGUUGACACCUCUGGAGAUCGGGGGGCCGAUGGCUGAGCCAAAGGGAGGCAAGAUUGUUCCAAUACUCGGAGUCGGUUUGGAUAGUAACACUGGAGAAGUUAUACCUCUAGGUGGGCUGGUGGGUCCUUCUGGAAACAUAAUGCUGCUUGGAGAUGCCUUCACCGAACCUCUGAGUGGGAAAACCACCCGGGUACACGGAGCUCACCUUCGGCAAGAUGAGGUGCGGCCCCACAGUGGAAGUUACCAAGCAGUGCUGGAAGCUGACUGGCUGGUAUCACAAAGUCAUGUGGUGAAUGCUAUAGAACAGUUUAAGGCAUCAGUUGUGGAAGAUACCUGUCUGGUAGCAGACAGAUUAGCAGCACUAAAGGCUUCAGUAGAAGAUAUGAAGAAGUCUUUCACUACUAAGUUUUAUCAUGCAAUACAUAGCUUGCGAAGCCUGGAGAAAAAACUGCAAAUAGCUUCAAGUCUCAAGAGUAAUGGUGGUAAACUGGGUAUGAUCAAAUAUCCUAGCACAGAGAUGUGGAUCCCUGCAGUGUUUGGAAUGAAAAUCCCAGAUCCUGGUGGGUCUGGUUUGAUGGUGCCAAUUCUGGGAAUAGACUGUGACUGGAAUACUAGGCAGCCUUUUCCACUUGCAGGAACCAUGGAAGAUAGAAAUGGAAAAGGCCUUGUCCCUAUCACUAUUGGUGCCAGAACCAUAAGUCCAGUUACAGGUGAAACUGGGCCUGUUAUAGGUGCCCAAACCAACCCCUGGACACACAAUAUAAUUCCUACUGUUCAGUCUCUUGGAGCUUUACCAAGAAGAGCUGCAGAUCCAGAUCUGCUGGACUUUCUAGAAAAGGAAAUAAACUCAAGGCAUAUAUACUGGCAUUGCAGGAGAAAAAAGGAAGAAGGGCUUCUUAAGAGGCUUAACUCACUGUUUUUUCAUGUCCUUGAUGCUGCAAAAGAGGGAAAAGCACAGAAGGUGAAAUACAAGGAAAAAGUGAAAGGCAUUGAGGAAAUAUGCCAUUUUCUCAAAGAGUCCUCUCUGCAGGAAGUUGAGAGACGAACUUCAAAAUACUUUAGUAGCCAGCUGGCUACUGAACUAUCCUUGCUAUUCAAAGCUGACAGAGAUGAAAAAGAACAGGAAAUACAGGUUCUGCUGGAGAUCAGAAAAGCACUGGAAAAGCUGAUGGAGUUUGCUGAAAAGAUGCAACUAGAAGAAGAACGAAUAUACAUGCAGCUGAUAGAGAGAGAAAAGCAAAGGAUCCACAUCUCAAGUACUGAGACAGUAACAAACCUGAAGCUCAGAAAGGCCAUACUUGCUCUAGCCUCUGAAUCUCAGCAACAUAUACUGAAACAACAAGCUAGUGUGGAGAUUGCAUACACCAAACUGGAAUACUUGAGGGACUUGUCAAAUAUCCAAAUGCAGCAGACAAAGGUGCUUUUCUCUGGGUCGCAACAGUGUUUUGAAAACUAUCAGACAACCAGAUUUUAUGGCAUUUGUGGGAUCUCACACAAUACACAUGAGGUCAUCCAACAAAACCUGAUCCCGCUACUCAAGUCUACUGUUCGGAUGCUGGAGGAAAACAGCAAAAGCAGUAUAUCACCUGAGACAUCAGGCUACUCAUCAACCACUUUAAAAGCAUCUGGUGCUCAUUCAGAGGCAUUAAGGGCUGAAACAAGUCAGGAAACUGCUUCAGUUUCCAUAGCCUCACCUGCUCUGCCCACUUCACUUUCAGAAAGGACCAGUCACGUACAAGAAAUCCAGACAAGGUUUUUCUUUGAGAAGCAUGCUUGUGAACUGGCACAUAUGGAACUGUCCUUACUGACAGAAGAAAUAAACACUAUCUUUGCCUUUUAUGAAUUAUCCAAGGCUGAGGAAAAGGAAUACCAUACAGGAAGUUGGGGGAUGAGGACCAGUAAAGGAACAGAAGCAACCAGCACAAAGGACUCGCUUCUGAAAGAACUGUCAGAACACCACCACCACACUGAACAAAGCCUCCGUCAGAAACAACUGGAAGAAAUCAAGCAUUCAGGUCUCAGCCCAAACUUAGUAUUGCCCAAACAGACCCUGCAUUUCCUGGAAGAAAUUCCGCAUCAGUUCUCAUUUUGUCUUCUUGGUUUACAAAUCCCAGAUUCUAACUUCACUGAGCAUCAAAAACUACAUUCCUGGGAAGUCAAGCAUUCACCAGACUCUCUAACUCAAAUACUACAAGUUUCAGCAGCAAAGAUAGUAAAGCUGGAAGCUCUGAGGCAAACAUGUCUGUACAGAGUCCUGGAUGUCUACAGCAGCCUUCAGAUUCUGACUUGUCCAGAAGGUGUGUUGAGGAUCCUGAACAGUUUUGGCUACAAAAAUAAUGGUGAAGAAGCAGCCCGAGAGGUUGCUCAUAGUAUAGAGAAACAGCAAGUAGCGAGAGCAGUGGCUUUUCUCCAGAGGCAUCAUCAGGAAGGGGAUUUGCUUAAAGGUUUAAAGGAAGAGUCAGAAGCUGAACUGAGAAACAUGCAGGCACAAUUCAGACUGGAACUUCAAGCACAAACAGAAGAAAAGAUGCAAGCCAAAGAAAUGCAAGUGAUCCAGGAGACAGAAGGAGAGAAGUUAGGCAAUCUCAUGGCAUACUUCAUCCUAUCUCAGAGACACCUGCGGCAAACAGUCGUUCUGCUACAAGAUUGUUACAAGCUCAAGAAAAUUGCCUUGAGGUCCCAAAAGGAGGGCACAGGCCUGGAACAGCUUGUUGUAGAAGAGUUAUCGAUUAGUGAUGACACCAGGGACAUUUCAUAUCUCCUGAAGGACAACACAGAGUAUAUAUUUUUAGUGCUGGAAUUUAUACAAACUGUAAGGUUGUUACAACUGAGAGAGACACAGUUUAAGGAAAUAGUCAGAAAUCUAAAAGGCUGCAUGCAGGACAAGUUUCUGAAUGAAGCUAACAUCAUAGCCAAUGAACUGAAAGAAUUCAGACAGCAGAAAAUGAGAAGGCUGGAGGAACAGCUGAAACUCUUCCUGGGAAGUAAAAGAACAAAGAUGACUAUUUCAAGUCAUUUUGAUCCAUUGCAGAACCUGAUGAAAGAAUGCACUGAAAUGAAAGCUUUCUUUGGAAAGGAUUUUCACCCAGAUUUACAGAGGUUGAGAAUGAAACCAAAAGAGGCAAAAAAAGAAAAAGAGACUCAGCAAAGCAACAGCCCUCUCUCAUCCAUCACCAACUCUUACUCGGUCCCAGGGAUACAUCACAAGGCAGAUGACCAGCUCCUAUUGUUCUUGACUAAGAAUAUCAAGGUGCUGAAGCAGGCAGAACACCUGAUGGCAUCCAGGAUCAUUCUUCUGAAUCCACAGCUCACACCACCUUCUCUGUAUGGUGCUGAUAAAACAAAGUGUAUAAAAUCCUCUUUUCUUCUUGGUCUUCUGAAAGAUGUGAACGAUGAGCUCCAAAGUCAUGCAGUGGCAGCUGGGCUGUUAGAAAGCCAAAGGCUGGACAAAAAAAAAGCAAGUACUUAUCAAGGUAUACAGGAUGCAUUAACGACUCAAGAAGAACUAACAGUAGUUGAUCCUGCAACCCUUUCUCCAAGAGAGUUUGUCAUCUAUCAAUACGGCAUCUCCAUCCUACGGUUUCUCAGAUUGCACAUUGAUGCUCCAGAAAUUAACCUGUGUCUUGCCUCCAGCAUACCUCUUAGUAAUGUCACCGGCAAUGCCUUCAGAAACUCGUUCUUUUAUCAGCAUUCAAAGCACAAGCUGUUCAUUUUAAAGGAUUGCCUGAGUUCUGUAGGAAGUUUCCUUCUCCUCCUUGUGCACUGCUUAGCUCAUAUCACUGCUGCUGACUUCAACCAUGACACCAACCCACUCUUUCUGAGGCUUUUUCAUCAGGCACUAAAGGCUUGUCUUACUGAAACAUUCUCUCUGAGGCUCCAGCUGUCAGCAGCUCGCCAGGGUGAUAAAUGUUAUGGAAUAAAUGAGCUGUUGCUAAAGAAAGAACCAUUCUCCAAGGAGGAAGUAAGACUCAUCUCCCAACUCUUUGAGGUCAAAGUGAAAAGCCUCACAGACAUGGAAGCCUUUGAGCAGGUAAUAAGAAAUAUCAUGAGACCUGGUCUUGUUGAAAGUUCACCUUCCCUAAGAAAUCAAAUAAAGGCUUGUAAAAGUAACACUGAUCUGCUUUCUUUACUUCUGUGCUUAUUGCAUAACACAAAGAACAACAUCUCACUCCAGAGAGAAUUUGAGGAACCAGUAAAUGACAAGUUGCUUGUGAAGAAAAAAGAGCAUUUCCUUCAUACCUCAAGCAGCCAUGAAAAGGGCAGGUCUGGAUGGAGGACACGCUUUGAAGAGGAAACACAUACUUACUUGUCCACAUCAGAACUUGAGGAUAAAGUGGAUGUGUUAACUGAGGAGCUGGUGCGUAUCAUAGAGGAUGAACACCAGUUUUUAAAGAGUAAAGGCAAUGAAGACUUGCUUCUUUACUACCUUGAAAUAACUGGUUUGGAGAAAGACUGUUUGGUAAAACAAAUAAAUGCAUUAGAAGAGAAAUUAGACCUAGGCAGAAAGUUGUAGUGGUACACAAGAGAACACUCAGUGGUUUGGUUCUAACUCGGUCCUCUGAAUCUGUCCUCGGGC